AUGUCUCCUAAGCAUGCUCUACCAAAACGUAGUUGUCCUGUUGCAGUCAACUGGUUGCCUCAUUUUAUACAAGAAUAUUUUGUAGACAUCAUAGAUGUUGUUGGCGACAGGCACUAUGGAUUUCGUGUUGUUUCUCGCCUACUUGGCAAAUCUCCUAAUGGUCACAACAUUAUUUGUCUUGAAUUUACUAUUGAGUUGAACAAAAACAGGGCUCAGCAUCUUGAUAUAUUCGGUAGUCAACAAAGAAACGAUGUCAUUAAGAACGCUCUGAAGCCUGCUGGAACCGACGUUGCACAUGAGGACAAGUGCAUGAUGAUGCAUGACAUAGGUUUUCUUUUGGCUCAAAAGUAUAAGCAUGUUGUAGUACUACUUGCGGGCAACAAAGGGUUCUCUAAAAUGUAUUUCCCGUUAGAAGGUGAUCCUACAUCAAAAGAGAGACUCGUGUGUCUAGGAUGGGUGAAUGGUAAUCACUUCCUGGUGAUUCAUAGCUAUAGACUAUUACGACACCCUCAAAAGAUAGUUGUGGAUAUUGAAGAAAACAUCAUUCCCGAAACUGUUGAUCUCUCCGAAGAUUUGUGUGAUCGUUAUGCCUAA